GGAAGACAGCUUCAUUACACAAGACGCGUCUUUGUUCAUUGCGACUUGAGGAUAGUAUUUCUGGUUGAUUGGACAUUUGAGGAACCUAGUUGAUACGCUUGUUUUAUGAAAAGAGAAACUCCAGAUUUGAAGAGAGACAAGAUGUCAGCAGUUCGCAAACCCCUCAAGAAAUCUAAUUUGCGCCGGAGUAUCGCAUUCGAAGAUCUAACACAAGAUGAAGACAAUACCUCGAAAACCGAGAUUCCCAGCGACGAUAGCUCUUCAAACAAACCUCCGAGCGUCAAAACUACCUCUUUCAAGAAGAAAAAGAGACCCGCAUCUUCCCGUCUCUCCUUUGGAGUAGGCGAUAUAAUAUCUGGCUCUGAUGCCGAGAAUCUGGAGGACGAUGAAUCAUUCACAUUGGUGAAAAAGCCUCUUUCGAGAAAGGUUACAGAGGGAAAUGCGAAGAAGAUUAAUACGAGAGUACCACUGCCGAUGAGGACGAGGGAUGAAGAUGGGGAUGGGGAUGGGGAUUCAGACAUGGGAAGACCUAGUUAUAGUAAAGAUUACUUGAAAGAACUGAAGAGCUCGCAAGCUUCUGCCAUGAGAGAAUUGGCCGAUGUGGAGAUUGGGGGAGGAGAAGAACCGUUUCUGGAUGCGAGUGAGUUGGAGGGAGCAAUGGUUGUGGAUUUACAUGGGAAUGGAGAUAUAGUUGGAGGACUUGGAGGUAGUGCUGCGAUCAUACCUACAGAGGCAGAAAUUAGGGAAAAGAAAGAAAGGAGGGCGAGAAUGGCGAGGGAAAAAGAUUUUAUCUCCUUAAAUGAUGAUGAACCAGAUGGGGGAAGAAUUACAUCACUUCUUCCCCGACAAAAGAAACCAGAAUCAAGAUUAGUGCGCGACGAUGAAGAAAUCAUGGAAGGAUUCGAAGAAUUCGUAGACGAUGGACGAAUUUCUCUUGGGAAAAAACAAGAACGGGAGGAGAAGCGACGUCGUAAGAAAGAAAUGGCAGAUCUAAUCCAACAAGCCGAAGGCAGCUCGGACGAAGAAAGCGAUGAUUCAGAAGCGGAAAGGAGAGCCGCUUAUGAAGCUGCUCAAACGAAAGCGGGUAUGGACGGUCUUCAUAAACAUGACGAUGCGGCUGCUGCGAGGGAAGAAAAUCAGAUCCCGGCGAGAAUCACACCGAUUCCGGUACUAUCAGAGUGUUUGGAAAGAUUACAGAAUACGUUGAGUACAAUGGAACUCGAACUAUCCAAGAGGAAAAAGAAAAUCGAAGAAGGAGAAAGGGAAAAAUUGGAAAUUGGGAAAAGAGAACAGGAAGUUCAGGUAUUGUUAACGCAAGCGGGUCAGAGAUAUGCGGCGCUUAAAGCGGAUGCGAGUAUCAAGGAAUUGGAAAUGAGUGAUGUGAAGGGUCUCGUGGAUGCUUCUAGCGAGAUGGCGAGAGAGAAGAUUGGAGCUGGUGAUAGGGGACUGGAGAGUUUUGGGAAUACACCGGUGAGGAGGGACGAGGUUGUUGAUGGGUCUUGAGAGGGAUGGGAUGUUUAAGGUAGAUUAUUGAUACCAUUAACUUAUCAUACUAGAUCAAAAUUACCUUACUUAGGAUAGGUACUUCUGCUCACUCUUGGGGGGUUAAAUUACACACCUAGCAGUCUCAAAGUCGUCAAGUAAUUAUUCAAGGUACUCUGUCCAAUAAACAUACAUACAUACAUACAUACAUACAUACAUACAUACAUACAUACAUACAUACAUACAUACAUACUACAUACUAAAGAUAAUAAGAAUUUGAAUAAAUUAAUA